UAGCAAGAGAAUAAAAGGCGAAAAUGGAGGAGAUCCAUGUGUCAAUAGUCGACAACCCAUCGAUAGAGCACGUCUUACGUCCAGUAUCGUACAUCUCCUGGUUUCUAGGUGUCGGCAUUGCACGUCCGCGGGAGUGUUCAAAAGCUGUGACGAUAAUCAUACGUAUCGUUCACUUGGUCAUGUGUGCAGUUAAUAUGGUGUACAACGUGAUAGACCUUUUCAAUUAUAUUGGCCUCUCCAGUUUGUACAGCCACGUAUUCUUGUUUAUACACGUCUUGGACAGGGUGAUGUGCUAUGUAUCGGCGUAUUAUUACCUUUAUCACGGAAUCGGGCAGUACGACAAGUGGCCGAAGCUGAUGGACAAAAUAAAGGAGCUCGAUCAAGAGAUCAAAAGGGAAACACAUAUCAAUGAUCAGUCAAUAAAGAACAUGAUAGCGGCAUCGGUUCUUACGACUUUUGCUUGCUGUCCUUUGUUGUUGAUUGCGCACGUCUUAUAUUAUUACUUUAUUUAUCCGGAAUACCUUUUCAUUUCCGACUUAAUUCUUUACUACAUGAUAGCCAAGUCGGUGAUCAACAGCUUCGUCUUCGAUAUUGUCGUCUAUGUUCUGUAUUGCAGAUACCAAGCGAUAAAUGAGUUACUUGACCAUUUGGAUGGGCAAUCUGAACCCCAAUGGAUUGCGCUCAAGAUUAGACGCAUCAGAAAAUUGCAUAAUGAUAUUUGUGAUCUUAUCAUUAUGGUGAACGACAUUCACGGUCUUUAUCUCCUUUUUUAUUCGGUGCAUUCCUUUACCACAGUGGUGACUACACUGUUCACUAUCUACAUAACUGUCGUGCAGAAAGACUACGGAUUUAUAUUAUUAAAUAAUAUAUUUUGGAUUUUAUAUAUUAUACAAUUUGGUCUGAUGUGCUGGAUUUGUACACUCGUACGUCAAGAAUCUGACAAGACCGGCAUUAUUAUAAGCACAAUUGUACUAAAAUGCAAACCUUUAAGUCUUGAUAAACUAAAUGAAAGAAGGUAUCAAUCUAGUCUAGAGAUGCAACCGUCAUUGAAAGAUCCGGACAAUGAGCAAAACUUCAAUUGGAGUAGUGGUCACGAUCUGAAUAAUUUCGAGGAGAAUUUCUUGCGUAAAAAUAUGGACUGUGUCAGAAACGAGUUCGAUGGUUUUUCUGUUCAACUACAACAUCGUCGAGUAGCAUUUACGGCUUGCGAUUUCUUCGAAAUGAGCAAUGGUCUGUUUUGCGGUGUAAGUACAAAAUUUGUUUAUUUCAUAACAAUCUCUGUAAAAUUAGCUACUUUCGAAUUGCAAUGUAAAUUAUAAAAUUAUUUUUUCAGUUUAUCGGGGUGAUCAUCACUUAUUUAAUAAUCUGCAUUCAAUUCUCUGAAUGAUCUAAAUAUCACGCAUUCUAUUCAAAAUACAUUUAUCAAUUCGUUGCAUGGCGCAGGUAUGUUACACAUACAUUUAAAAAUACGAUUUUGGAAUGCUGUUAACAAGAUUUGAAGUACUCUGAUAUAUACUCUUUAAUCUUGAUACGAAGAACAUUGUAUAUAAAAAAAUAUAAAUAUAUGCCAGUAAACAACUCGUCGUUGACACAGCACACCUUACGUCCAACAUCAUACAUUUUUUGCUGUUCGUUGUCACUGAUUGUGCACACCUUGUAUUAUUAUUUUACAUAUCCAGCAUUUUAGCUUCCAACUUAUUUCUUUACUACAUAUUAGCUCAGUCGGUGAUUAACAGGUUCGUCUUUGAUGUUACACUAACUUUGUCUUCAACUAUAGGCGUUGCAUCCGCAAGGAGCAAGAAGGGGCAUUUGUUCCCUCUUGCUUUGGAAAAUGAGGCGCUUGCACGAUUGUUCGAAUCGUCUGAAUUGGUGGCAAAGGGAUUUGUAGGGCGAGCAAGCAGAAGUACUUGUUUCUCCUUUUUCCCUCUCGCAUCUAAAAAAAUUCUAUUCACGCUCUUGUCUUCGACUGCACUACAGUGAACUGUGUCUGAAUUCUGUUAUUAUCGUCUACUAUAUCAGUUUUAAGGUUCAAGUUAUUAAGCGUUAAUUUUUAUAUUAUGAAAACAUUAAUUACUAUAAAAUACAAAUCAGUAUUAUAAAAUUAAUAACAAUAUAAAAUUGUGACUUUAGAAAUAACCAAAUUAAAAAAGUAUUAUUAAAUUAAUAUAAGAAGUUUCUGCAUAGAUGUUGCGCUUCAUAAAUAUUUUGCAGUUUGCAUCAAAGCUGGAAGGCUCUGAUAGUAAUUUCUCUUGAAAUGUAAUUCUUAAAUAUCCCUAUUUUAAAAGUAAUGAAAAUGCGGAGAAGAGGGGUAAUUAUUAGAAUAUUUUAAUUAAUUAGGUCAAUUAAAAACCAGGAGAGCAGUGCGUUCCAAAUAGAGAUUGUCUGGUAAUCUUCGUUAUGGAGUGUUUCAAAAUUUCUAAUGCUUUACGAUCUUCCCUAGCGAAUAGCUUUGCGAAAAGAAGGCCAGCCUUCUGAUAGUCUUGUCAUACGGCACGGAGUGUCUGUCUUUAUUCAUGUUCUAAUUGAGAAAAGUGUAUCGUACUUGGUACACUGUUAGUGUUUCUUGAUUUGCGUACUGACCUUUUUUUCAAUUUCACCUAUGUAUAUUUUUUUGUAAGAGCAAGGAUCUUGUUGUUUAAUACACAGAAAUAUGUAUUACUGAGUUUCUCAAAUUAUUUUGUAAAACAAUUUUAAAAUACAUCCUGAUGUUUCUAAAGAUGGUCUCUGAUUUUUUUUAGAAUAGAGAGUAAUAGAGAAAUCUUCAUGUGGAGUUUGAAGGAUACUUUAAUAUUGUUUAUUCAAAAUCCUGCUAAUGCGUUUUCAUUGACAGAGUGACAGCUAAAGUUUUUCUUCGACAUUGUCCCUUCCACUAAAAACGAGUUAUUUUAGGAUUACCACAAUCCAAGAGAGCUCAAUGUCAGGGCUCCCAAUUCUGAUGAUGCAAGCAAUAACGUUUGCAAAACGUUGAUACAAUGCUAUUUUAGCAUAACUAUUAAUGCAACAUUUAUUCUUUCAUAUUAAUAGAAUUAAUGGCCACGAAAGUCUCAAGAGAAAAUUAGAAUUAUUAAAUGACAGUAUGAGUCUCUGUAAUUGUUAAAAAGCAAAUAUUAAGAAAACGAAAACUAAUUAAUUUUUAAAAAAUAUUUUUUUAUAAUAGAUAUAAUUGAAUAAAAUUUACAUUUCGAUCUUGGAUCUAGAUUCUUUUCAGUGUUACAAAUAUAAAACCACAGAAGAAAUUUAAAAAUAACAGUUAUAAUCUCUCCUCCACAAGCAUAGAAGUACGUCAAAACGAAAGUAAAGAUAAUAAACUGAGUAGUUAUCUUCAUGACAAAGGGAAGAAAUUGAAUCGCAAACGAACAGAAAUAAAUAUUUUAGAGUGGGAGAAAGCUUUAACGUAUGAUCUUCUUUCAUAACACUCAUCAUAACUGUAUUCUGUUAUAUUCUGUUUAAUUUGAUAUUGCAGAAGUGUACAAAUAAUACGUUUUUUAGUGUUACAUAAAGCAUCAGGGAGAAUUUGCGAGGUUGUCAGAGUGUUAGUCUUUCAAUAGUUUCAUUAUUUUUUCUAUAAAAUAUUUAGCAUUGCGAGGAGCUUUAACGUAAUCAGCAGCAUAUCAUUGAUUACUUAUUUACAUUUGUAUUGUUAAGUUUAAUUAAUAUUUCAUUUUUUAGAUCUACGUCAGAUUCUCUGUGAGCGGAGCACGUGAGGAAAACGUGCAUUUUUUCUGGUUUAUAUAAUUGAUCACUGUCUUUCUUCAUUUACAUUUGCACUUGUUUAUAUUUCUUUACAUUUGGAUUGUGUUAAGCUUAACUAAAUGUUUUUCAGGGACGUCUCCGUGAGCGUCCAAAAAUACUUUUUCUUGUGAUUGCCUCAUCCUGUUUCUUUUCUGCUUCUUGAGUUACCAUUCCCCUCCACAUAGCCGUAAGCCACAUAACGUGCAUGGGCUCCGUGCGAUUAAUAAAGAUAACGGAGAAGCUCGAGCUUCAGUUCGUGGGCAAGAUCUGAUCUAUUUAAUUUGAUAAUACUGCGUUACAUUUAUAAAAAAAAAAUAGCUAUAAUAGCACGGAAUCUGAUAUUGCAGAAUUGUAGAAAUAAUACAUUCUUACUGUUAUGUGAAGUAUAAGGGAGAAUUUGAAAGGUUGUCAAAGUGUUUAGCUUUUUAAAAGAUUUCACUAUAUCUUCUACAAAAUAUUCAGCAUCGUGAGGAGCUUUAAUGUAAUCAGCAACCAUUGUUCGCAAAAUAUGUUUAAUUAAUAAGAAAAUAAAAGGUAAAAUGGAGAAUAUGUAUGUGCCAGUAGACAACUCGCCGUCGGUAGAGUACAUCUUACGUCCAAUAUCGUAUGUUUGCUGGCUCAUGGGGGUCGGUAUUGCACGUCCACGAAAGUGUCGCAAGAUUGUAACGAUAAUCAUACGUAUCGUUCACCUGGCCCUAUGUACAGUUAGCCUGAGAGAAUUUCUAAAACAUACCGGCAACAUGUUUAACAAUGAAGUCAAUUAUUGGUUUAUCGUGCAGGAGGUGAUACGCCACGUGUCGGCAUACUACUAUAUUUAUUACGGAAUUAGGCAGCAUGGCAAGUGGCCGGUGCUGAUGGACAGAAUAAAAGAGAUCGAUCAGAUGAUCAGGAGAGAAAUACGCAUUAAUGAUCGGACAGUAAAAAUCAUGGAAGCACUAGCGAUACUCAUGACUUUCGUGUGCUGCCCUUUUUUAGUGAUUGUGCACAUCUUAUAUUAUGUCAUUGAUGAUUUGACCUUUGAACUUAAUCUUGAUUUGAUCUUUUAUUACAUAUUAGCUCAGUCGAUGAUCAACAGCUUUGUCUUCGACAUUAUCGUCUAUAUACUGUAUUGCAGAUACAAGACGAUAAAUAAAUUGAUCGGUCAGUUGGAUGGGCUGUCUGAUACGUCAUGGAUUGCAGUCAAGAUUAAACACAUCAGAAAAUUGCAUUACAGUAAAUUUUUGCAAAUGUUACGUUUUGUGUAAUUGGAUAGGCUAAACCUGUGUCGACGAUGUAAUUUAAUGCAAUCUGUAAAUUGUAACGUUAAGACAUAAUAGAAUCUUGUCUUAUGCAGGUACUUGUAACCUAGUUACCAUGGUAAAUGAUAUUUACGACGUCCAUCUCCUUCUUUCUUCGAUAAACUGUAACAUCAUGAUCGCAAGUGCAAUAUAUUAUAUUUACGUACUCAGUCUUAUCAGAAAUUACGUAGGUAUAAUAUUUUAUAGUUUAAUUUCUAUUAUGUAUAUCAUGCAAUUUGGCUUAAUGUGCUGGAUUUGCACACUUGCGCAUCGAGAAUCCGAAAAGACCGGAAUAAUUAUAUGGGCAAUUCUACUGAAAUGCAAAUCCACAUAUCUUGAUAAAUUAAGUGGGACAAGAAAUCUGUCAAAUCUAGAUGUACUACUGCCAUUGAAAGAUCUGUGUGGCGAGCAAAAUUCUAAUGGGUGUAUAAGCAAUCAUAAUUCAAAUUACGUCGUUAUGGAAAAUCCUUUGUACAAAAAGCCAGACUGGUGGAGCCAAAGCUCAAACGAAAAUGAAAUCACUAAUUUUUCGAUUCAGCUGCAACAUUAUCGAGUAUCAUUUACGGCUUGUAAUUUGUUCCAAAUAAACAGCGGUCUGCUUACUAGUGUAAGUACACAACAUUUUACUUUAUUACAAUUUACGUAAAAUUAGCUACUUACAAAUUGUAAUGCAAAUUGUUCUCAAAGAAAUUAAAUAAAAUAUACUUAUUUUUCAGUGGAUCGGAGUAGGCUUAGUUUAUAUUUUAUUAUUCUUUUUUAACCUUGAACUCUACAAAGUUCAAAGUUCCUUGGACCAAGAAAAAGAGUAAACCUCGAAAA